AGACGCGUCACUUCCAUCUUUCUGUAUAAAGAAAAGGAAGGAGAAGUGCUUGAGUUACUUUUUGUUUUUAAACGAACAGACAGACUUUAAGGAAAGUGGUGUGAGUGGAUCUCAGCGGGCGACGGGAGCUCCUGCUUGGAUGUAUCAGGGAGGUUUCGGGAAUGAGCCACACGUUGGAUGUGAAGGACGGUGACGGAAACUGAGCCAAGAGGAAGAUGAUGUCUGCAGGAAUCCGACUAUCUCUGCUCUGAUUUCAUACUUUUCUUUUCUUUCUUUCUUAAUCGUCGUUCUUAAUGGGUUGUCGGUUCCCCCUGGCUUUUAAUUAAUUUAAACUCUUUCUAUUUUUUUUUUUAAUUUCUUCUUCACAUCUAUUUUCCUGAUCUAAUUUGAUACAAUUGAGCCCUGAACAUGGCCAUCAACACGGACACCGACUUCCUGAAGUCCAACUUGAGCGAGGGCGGAGAACGCAGCGCGCGGCCCGCGGACCCCCACGAGACGGAGAAGCUGCUGACGCUGACCACCGAGCCCGGAGGCAACGGGAUGAAGAUGUCCACCUCCUUCACCGUCAACAUGGACAGCGACAAGGGCCAGGAGGCCGACCUGAACGGCCACGGCGGGGCCCUGAGGUCGGGCUCCGCCGGGCAGCUGGGCGUCGCCGCGCCCCUCUCCCCGUCCAGGGCGAGCCUGAGCCGCUCCUCCACCGGGAACGCCACCGUGCAGGAGACCCCGAAGCCCAAGGAUUACCUCAUCCUCGUCAUCCUGUCCUGCUUCUGCCCCGUCUGGCCCGUGAGCAUUGUGGCGCUGGUGUACUCCAUCAUGUCCAGAAACAGUCUCCAGGUGGGGGAUAUUGACGGGGCCAAGAGGCUGGGUCGACUGGCUCGUCUGCUCAGCAUCUUCUCCAUCGUCCUGGGCGUAGUCAUCAUCGUCGUCUUCGUCUCAGUUUCAGUGACCCACUGACGUGGAGGAACCGAGGGGAGAAAUCAACCGUCAAAGGCAAACCACCAAUGCAACAAAGAGGGAAAAGCUCAAUUAAAGGAAGUAGAAUUUCCAACUUUUCUGCCAUAUUGUAAUUACAUCACGACUAACAUCAGAAAGCAAAAUAAAAAAGGCAACUCAUGAGUCGGUACUUUAGCAGGUAAUAAACACAUGCAGAGAAGAAGAUGAUGCAUGCAUUAGAAUCCUGUAACAUUUGCUUGAUAGAAAUAAUAAAAACCUGAUGUAAAAUUGGUUCAAGUUAAAACAGAGGAAAUGCAGACUUGCGAGUGACAAGGAGGACUCAUGAAUGUUUAUUUUUGGAAUAAUGAAGCGCUUAAACGAAGAGGAUGAUCUACGCGUGAAGAGAGAACGAACAACAGACGUUUCUACGUCCUUUAAAAAAUGAUUCUGAGUUUGGGCGUCAAAUACGGGCAGCUGCGUGUAAUCCUCUUAUAUUCCUUACAGAACCCCUUGCAUUCAACGUAUAUACGGCUACAAAUACAUUUGAAACAUGAAUAUAUGAAUAUACAUAUAUAUAGAUGUACAUUUUAUAAAUCGUUUGUAUGCAAAGUGGUGCUGGGUUUGUUAGGACUGUUAUGACGGCUGCUUCGGCAGCACUUACAUUGUCACUAGAAAUUGAAGGGUUUGUGAAAAGGGGGAGGAAACUUAUUUUUUCUUAUUUAUUUUCAUUUUUUUAAACUAAAAACUAAUUGAGACCAGCUGCAUGCCUGAACGUUGAUACCCAACAUUCCGCCUUCGUUUUGACUGUUAUUAGUUGUCUCUUUUCUUAUUAAGGAGUCACAACGGGUUUGCACAUGGAAAAGUGAUUGUUGUUACACUUUAUCGUGGACAUUAUGUGAGUCCGGCCCCUGUGGAAUGUGAGUGGGCCGGGAUCUAACCCCCUUCCUAUCUCCCGACUCCACUGAACCGUGCCGUGAUCUGCCGCAGAAUAAAAUGCAUGCAGAAACUCCCUAUUUUUUUCCGUGACAUCGUCCAGUUCUUUACACACAAAACAGGAUUUAGAGGCGUCUAUCCUUCAUUUUGUUCCCCUAAACUCCAUUUGACAAGUUACCAAUACUACCUUUCUACAACACGGCUCCCCAUUUUCCAUUGUCAUUCUUACAUUGUUAAACAUUAACUGAUAGUCUCCACUGUUUCACUCCCACUCCUUGUAUUAGUAUGAAAUGUAUUUAUAUAGGAAUAUAUAUGCAACAUGUACGCAUGCUGUGGGCCAAAUCGGGCCGACACACAUUUAUUUUUUGUAAGUGAACAGGUCCGAGUUGGACCGAUUUACAACAAAUAGCAUUUAAAGAACAGUUCUCUGAAAUUCAAGCACGACAGGUUGUCUGUAUUCUUCACUUUAUCAGAGAGAAUUCACUGUAUUUAGUCCCCUGUGGCUACAUAGGGCUGUUGUAUUGACACAUUACUGGCUUAUGCUACAAGCACAGGUAACGUAACCAUGUAGACAUAUUUAAAUCAGCUUUCUUUUUUGGCAUUAAUGCAUUUUUUUCCCUCUCAAUCUCAUGCUAUUUGAAUCAGGAUAAAACAAUACGUUUAAGGGCUUAAAAUGAAACUAAAGGAACACCAACUAAUUUUCCCCCAAUGAGUGAUAAAAUGUAUCCACCCACCGAGAAAUUCCACCAAGUCCUGAACUGAACAUCAAUGUCAAACUGUGUUUGUAAUGAUCAAUGUUUUGUGUGAAACAGACGUUUCUCAAUUCCAUGGAAACACAAAGUUGUACAUACAAAUCCUACUUUUUGAAAGCAGCAAAAUCCAAAGAAUCCCCGCGUUUACUACCAAUGUAAAUCGGUGUGUCCUUUCUGUAGAUCACAUUGAGUGUAGUUUGCUGCUCUCAUAUACAAACAUGCCACAGCUGAACGUGGUCUGGAGCAGCUUUCUAACUGUAGUCUAUAAGCUCUGCUUAGUAAAACAGUCCAAACCUCCAUUCCAAUCUGAUCAAUGACGGUUUCUUUUCCGAUAUACUGUAUGUGCCAGUUUUCAUCUCUGUGGUGUACAUUGUGCAUGUCCGGAAUAAACGUUACCACGCAUGGUCCAAGUU